AUGGAAGACAAACCGCAUAACGGUAAACCUAUUACUAUGAUGGAAAUAUCACCAAAUGCAAAUUAUAUAGUUACUUAUAGUGAAGAAGACAAAACAAUUGUUGGGUGGAAUGCUGGUGUAGAAAAAGGCAAGCUUGAGCCAAUUAAACCUACAGAGAAAGAACAUUUCCACAUUAUACCUAUUGAAGACGAAAUGGAAAAAAUUGUUCAAAUGUGUAUUUCUGAUAAUAAGGAGCUAGUUUACAGUAAUGUAGAGUAUGAAAUAAUUGAUAUGAAUAAUCCAGUUCAAGAAAUAGAAUUUUUCAAAAAAAAGAUUCUUUGGAUUUAUUCAACUCAGACUAAAAGUAAUAAAUGGAUAUGUCAAAGGAUUUAUGAAAUACCUUACGAAGUGAAUCUAGUAAGCAUAUCAAAAAAUGAUAAGAUUUGGCUACGUAUAAAUAGUCGCAUACAUGAAUGGGAUAUCGUUACUGGUCAAUUUACAAUUAUUACAACAAAUUUAUAUGAGGGUGAAACUAUAGAUGUGAAAGAUAUUAGAAUUUCUAAUAAUGAAAAUUUUACUUGUCUAAAAACAAAUAAUAAAAUUAUCGUUUAUUCUAAAACAGAUAAGAAGAGUGUGUCGUUGGAUUCAAAUGAUGAUCAACAGCUAUACAAUUUUAUGAAAUGUAAUGGUUUACAUUGUAUGUUACUUGAUUUUUUUAAUUAUGAUUCAAAUAAUGAAAUUUGGAAUUUUAUCAUUAAAUCCUGUUGGAAGACUUAUAACUUGUCGACAGAUGAAUAUAACCAUGAGUGUUUGCCGAAAAUCCCAAGUUUAUUAUAUGAUUUUCAUAUGUUUGUAAUUAUGGACGGACACGUUUGGAAAAUUAAAUUUGACGAGUUUAAAUUUGACGAGUUAAAAUUUGAUAUCAAUUUUUUAUUAGAAGAAAAUAUCGAUGCCUAUUAUUAUAAUGAUGAAUUUACAGAAAGUUGGAAAUCAUAUUUCGGAAAUGAAGCCGAUGAAUAUCCUUUCAUUCCGGAUAAUAAUACAACCGAAUUAUUUGGAAAACCUAAAAAAAUAUGUGAAUUAGGGGAUAUUCGAUUAGACAUUUAUAUUUAUCUUCAUGGAAUUAUUGGAAUACGUGUUUAUAAGAAAAAUAAUUUAAUUUGCCAAGAAAUUAAAAAAACCAGAUAUAAUAAAAAUAUAGCAAUAUAUAAUUGUAAGAUAUUUGAGAGUAAUGAUAUUGCUAUAGAAACAAAUAUCGGCAUUUUUAUUUUUCAUUUAAAUACAAAUGAUAAUAAGUUGAUUUUGGAUAAUUUUCAAAUAAUAUCUGUCAUUAUAAUAGAGGGCUCGUUGAAAUUCCUUAUAGUAUGUACCAGUAUUUUUUAUCAUUUUUAUACGGUAUACACGGCGAUAAUAAUGAAGAAAUAG